UCUAUGUUCUCUGGUUCUAUCCUUUUGUCGCUUUAUGUAUUUCUGUCAGUGAAUCGCGAAUUUUUUAGAGGUUCGUUCUGGAAAAUUGAUUUAUUUGUAAACUGUUUAACUCCAGUAGAAAGUUUAUUACACGCAACAGCGAUAAAUAUUUGUCGUAGAUUUUUAAUGGUAUUAAGAGGAUCGCUGAUAUUUAAAAAAUGAAUGUCAAUCCGAACGAUGAGUUCGAACAGUUGGAACCUUCGGUCAAGAACGUGAUAACGCAAAAAUCAUUGAAAUGGAUAUUCGUUGGUGGAAAAGGCGGUGUUGGGAAAACCACAUGCAGCUGUUCGUUGGCCAUUCAAUUGGCAAAGGUUCGUGACAACGUUCUCAUCAUUUCUACUGAUCCAGCACACAAUAUUUCCGAUGCUUUUGACCAAAAAUUCAGUAAAGUACCGACCAAAGUCCAGGGCUUUGAAAAUCUCUUUGCAAUGGAAAUAGAUCCCAAUGCAGGAGUUACUGAACUGCCGGAAGAAUACUUUGAAAAUGAAUCUGUUCUAGGUGGCGAAGCAAUACGCGUGAGUCGCAAUGUCAUGCAAGAAAUUGUUGGUGCAUUUCCUGGCAUAGACGAAGCAAUGAGUUAUGCAGAAGUUAUGAAGCUUGUCAAAGGCAUGAAUUUCUCAGUAGUUGUAUUCGACACGGCACCAACGGGUCACACCUUGAGGCUACUGUCGUUUCCUCAGGUCGUUGAGAAGGGUCUUGGAAAAUUAAUGAGACUAAAAUCAAAAAUCAGUCCUCUGAUAUCACAGUUGAGUUCUCUACUGGGCAGAAACGAUUUCAAUGUUGAUGAAUUCUCAAACAAGAUGGAAGAGAUGCUCGACGUCAUAAGACAGGUCAAUCAACAGUUCCGAGAUCCCGAGCAAACGACUUUUGUUUGUGUUUGCAUAGCCGAAUUCCUGUCGCUCUAUGAGACUGAGCGAUUGGUACAAGAAUUGACAAAGUGUGGAAUCGAUACUCACAACAUUAUUGUGAAUCAACUGUUAUUCAUGAAAGACGGUGACGCACCUUGCAGACUUUGCUUGGCUAGGCACAAAGUUCAGGAAAAGUAUUUGGAUCAGAUCAUGGAUCUGUACGAGGACUUCCAUGUGACGAAACUACCGCUACUCGAACGCGAGGUUCGUGGAGUUCAGCACGUUAGAGAGUUUUCCGAAAAUCUCGUCAAGCCUUAUGCGCCUUAGAGGCGCUAUUUCCUAACAACGAAUCGACAAAAAUAUGAAAAUUUUAAAAAUAGACAAGGAAAAGAGAAAAAAGCAAUGAGAACACAACCCCGAAUUAAGUGUGCAGCUCGUUGACUCGAGGUUCGCGUAGGGCUCUGAUCGGAACGCUGUGAAAUUUGUAUAAAAAUUACAUUCUUUUAACAUAUAACUUGGCUUGGGAGAGUUGUAAUAAACGAAUUCUGCUACA